AUGUCUGCAAAAUACGAUUUCGUUGUCGUCGGCGGCGGCGUUGCCGGCUUGGUAAUUGCAUCUCGGUUGUCCGAGAACCCCGAUAUUCAGGUGUUGGUGCUCGAAGCGGGCGAAGACCAAACGGCAGACCCGAGGGUCAAUAUUCCCGCACUUGGACCCAGUCUGGUCAAGACACCUUCUGACUGGCAAUUCAAGACGGUGCCGCAGAGCGGCUUGGGUGGUCGUGAGAUUGGUGUGCCUCAAGGCCGCCUCCUCGGUGGUUCCGGUGCUCUUAACGGCCUGUCAUUCACCGUUACGACUCGGUCCAAUGUUGAGGCGUGGGCCAGUCUCGGCAAUGACGGUUGGGACUGGCCGUCGUUCAGCGCCGCUCAGAAGAAGGCGUACUCCAUUGCAUCUGAUGAGACGCAGAACGGCCCUCUCAAGCUGUCUCUGCCCGACAACGCAGAGUCUUUCUGGCCGAAAGUCUGGCAAGACACCAUCCGCGAGCUGGGCUUUCCCAGCGUCUGCGACCCGUUGAGUGGUCAGGGUGUUGGAAGCAGCAUCACUCCCGACACCGUGGACCCAGCGACGAAGACGAGAAGCUACGCUGGGAGUGCGUAUCUCCAGGCUGCCAAGUCUAGGUCAAAUCUGACCGUUGAGACGCAAGCGCUCGUGGAGAAGGUUCUCUUCAAGUCGGACGCUGGGGAGAUCGUCGCCGAGGGUGUGCAGUACACAAAGGACGGCGAGAAGAAGAUUGUAACAGCACAAAAGGAAGUCAUUCUCAGUGCUGGCACCCUCAACUCCCCACGAAUUCUGGAGCUUUCAGGCGUCGGAAACGGCGAGCUGCUUCGGGGUCUUGGCAUUGACGUUGUGCUUGACAACCCGCAUGUUGGAGAAAACCUGCAAAACCACACCAUGGUUGGGGCGGCGUUCGAGGUGCUCCCGGAGCAUGAGACGAUGGACGGCAUCGUCCGCCAGGACCCUGCGGCCGUCGGCGCCGCUAUGGAAGCGUACGGCAAGGGAGCGGGUCCUUUCUCCAGGAGUGGAACAUCGGCGACGGCAAACCUCCCGCUGCCGGCUACCGAAGAUGCCGGGGAACUGUUCGAUAAGCUCAAAGCAUCGGCCCCCAAGACGACGGCGACGGCCGGGUUCACAGAAAAGAUGGAGUCGUUUGUCCGCUCGGUCCUCACUUCGUCAUCGGAGCCAUCCGGUUACUACCUCUCAUUUCCGGGGUACGCCUUGUUUAACCCGGACGGAACGAUGGCGCCGCCACCUCCCGGCGACGAGAAGUUCUUUGCAUUCGGUUUGCUCCUCGCCCACCCUCUAUCGCGCGGUUCGAGUCACAUCACGUCGGCUUCUUUGGAGUCGCCAGCCGUGGCGAUUGACCCCGGGUAUCUGACGCAUCCACUCGACGUUGAGAUCCUGGCCAGGCACGUCCAACUUAUCGAGAAGAUUGUGGAGACUGAGCCACUCCGCAGCCAGUUGAAGCCAGGAGGCAAGCGGGUUCCGGCUAGCAAGUUGGAGGAUGUCGAGCAGGCCAAGGAGUUCGUGCGGCAGACUGCGGUCGGCGCUCACCACUUCACGGGAACCUGCUCAAUGAUGCCUCGCGAACUGGGCGGCGUUGUUGACGAGAAGCUGCGUGUCCAUGGAAUUCGCAACCUGAGGGUGGCUGAUGCAAGCAUUGUGCCCAUCACGGUUCGUGCCAAUCCGCAGGCGACUGUCUAUGCGGUUGCUGAGAAGGCCGCGGACCUGAUCAAGUCGAGUCUCUGA